CCCUCUUUGUCAACACUCAACGGGUUGUUCGCACAGCCAGCGUCGUUGUGCGAAUGGAGCAAGGCGCACGAGCUGACAGCAAUAAAUCUGAACGAUGUCAGGAGAGGAUCACACAUCCGAGCAGCGUGGCGUGUCUGGCACUCCAGAGGGAAGGAUCAAUGAUUGGAUGAAAGGCUGGGACAAGGGCCUCUGGGACUUCACCUACACGGAGCCCGGCCAGAAUCUGGUGAAAUACUUUGAGAAAGUUACCGAGGGACGAAAAGGUCUGAAAAUCCUCGUCCCCCUCUGUGCCACGACCUAUGACCUCAUCUGGUUCUGUGAGCAAGGUCACUCCGUGGUUGGCGCUGAUCUGGCCGAGAGCGCCGCACAGCGGAUCUUCAAACAGUACAAGCAGGAACCAAUCAUUGAAGACGUCCCCAGUAUCGCCGGGAAACUUUACAAGAAUGCAAGUGGCAACUUCAAAUUCUAUGUGGGGAACUUCUUUCGUUUUGAUGAGAAUCUGGAGGGGAAGUUUGACUUCGUCUGGGACGCGGGGGCGAUGUGCGCUGUAGAUGAGAGGGACAGACACAAGUACAUGGAAGCUGUCAGGGGAGUGAUGAAGCCCAAGUGUAUCACGAUGCUGGAGUUCCCCAAGGAAGGAGGUUCAGGGGCGCCCUAUCAUUUCAAUGAAGAGCAGCUGAAAGAGUUGUACGGCGACAUUUGCGACGUGGAGUAUCUGGAUGAGUAUGUGUACGACUUCAGCGAGGCCUUCAGCGGUGACGCUCAGAAAGACGCGAUGCCUCAGGACUUCACAGAAUAUGACGUCAAGGCUUGUCUACAGACCUACUGUCUGCAGAAGAGGAACUAACUGCAAUGGCAGUCUCCACCAUCGCCAUGAAAUACAUCUUGAUUCUCUGAACAGAACACAAACGUUAAAACCAUAUACAGCAUCUGGCUCGGGCGGAAGACCAUAAUAUAUGAUAAAAUCUUCAUUAGAAAUGGUAAUAAAAUAUGAUAAUAGAAA